AUGCCUCACAAACAUAAGCGGAAACGCGAGGAUGAUGAGUCGAACUUCGACCUUCCUCCCUCAAUCCGUGCCAAACCGCUCACAACGCUCACAAAACAGGAGUCAAUCUUCACCUCUGACAAGGAGAAAAAGGAGAAGAAGCAACAAAAGCGGAAACAGAAAUCCAAGAAUAAUGGAUACGACGACGACACUCCCAAAUCAUUCGCCCGCCUCAUGGCAUAUCAGCAAGGCAAGAGGCCGAAGAAUGCAGGCCUCGAUGACGGCAACUAUACGAAGAAGAAGAAAGCCAAAGUGAAGGCCAGCCAGCCAGACGGCGACGGCGACGGCGACACGAAGACAAAAGUCCCUGGGUCGGCCGCCGCCUCAGCCUCGAUCCCAACACCAACACCGUCGACAACAACUCCUUCCAACGACCUAAAAAUCCUCCCAGGCGAACGCUUAUCCGAAUUUGCCGCCCGAGUCAACCAAUCUCUCCCACUCUCCUCCAUCCCGAAACAAACGACCCGAGUCGCCAAGAUUCCGGGUCUAGAAAAUCUCAAGACACCGCUGACCAAGCACAACAAGCGACUCGCGCGACUCCAAAGUGAAUGGCGCGCGACCGAGGCCCGUCUGCGCGCCAAACUCGAAGAUGAGAGCGAAGAGCUGGCCGACCAGCGCGAGGAGGACGAAAUCGUCUGGCUAGGCGCGGGUAUUGACAAGAACGCCGGGUCCAAGAAGAAGAAGAAAGGCAAGAAAGGCAAAUAUGGCAAUGACGAUGACGACGUGGAUCCUUGGAAACAGCUCGAACGGAAACGGAGUGAGGAGGGGGAGCUGGGAAGACAGCGCAAUCUGCAGGACGUGGUGCAGGCGCCGCCGGUGUUGAAAGGCGUCAAGAACAUAUUUAAGGAUAAGGGUGAUAAAGAGCUGCCUCAGCCGUUGCGGAGGACGCGGAUAUGA